AUGGCCCGCGAACAAAGUCCGCAGGCAGAACGCGCUCUACAAUCCACGUUAAUAUUCGGUCAAGCCGAGACAAGUACAGCAGUGUGUAUCGACGCGCGAGGCUGGAUCCUCAAAUGCGCGCAGUAUUUCUGCGAAACGCGACAAGAGUGGCAAAAACACCGACGGAAAUGGCUGCUAUACUACACAGAGCUGUCGGUGCAAGCGGAAUGUCGCGUUUGGGAUCCACGACGCGAUCUCGCGCUGGCCAAGGGUCAUUCGCGUUGA